AUGCCUGCUGUGGCCCUCACAGAGCAGCUCCGCAAGUUAACCAGUGGUUGUUUCAAGCACAGAAAAGAUCUCGUAAAAGGCACCAAAGUCUUUCCACCAACUUCUGGCACUUUCAAGGAAGGGCACACUGAAACGAUCAAAGUAUUUGCCAUGCCAGAUGGGAAAGGUCCGGAUUGCACCCUGCUUCUCCUCGUUGCCACAGUCCUCUCUGCCGUUGGCCUCGGCCACUGCUCCUAUCCCCGCUUCUCGCGUAAUGACACCGUCUUCCAACACAUGGCGCUCCACCCAAACCCCUCCGUGGGGAUGGUGUACGUCGGGGCCAGGGACCACCUCUUCCAGCUGGACGGGUUAAAUGGCCUCCAUUUGGAACAGGAGGAGAGCACCGGUCCCGUAAAUGACAGUAAGGAUUGCCUCCCCCCAGUGACCGAGUCCAAUUGCCCCCAGGCCAGGAGAACUAGUAACCACAACAAGUUACUGCUGGUGGAUCCGCAGGCGUCUGAGCUGAUCACCUGCGGUAGUGUCCACCAGGGCACCUGCCAGAAGCGCAGUUUGAAAUCUGUCAAGCAGGUUCUCUUCUCCACCGAGAGGCCUGUGGAUACGCAGUAUGUAGCAGCCAAUGAACCGUCCGUGUCCACCGUGGGCCUGGUAGUGGGGCCUCGUGGAGGGGAGCGGACGGUGAUGUAUGUGGGUCGUGGCUACACCGCCAGCCACCCACCUAUCUCCACCCGCCACCUCUCGUCAGAGCCUGUGUUUUCAUAUGAGGAGACAGCUAAGCUAGCUGUGGCCGGACGACUAUCGGAGUACGACCACCACUUUGUCACAGCUUUUUCCCAGCGUGGGCACGUCUACUUCCUGUUUUACCGCCGGGACAUCAAGUCGACGUCAAGGGAGUACAGGACCUACGCCGCCCGAGUGUGUCUCGAUGACACCUCUUACUACUCCUAUGUGGAGGUUCCUCUUGUUUGCAGAUCGCCGGCCUCCUCGUCCUCCUCCAGGAAUUACAACCUGCUCCAGGCUGCCCAGGUUGGGCAGGGGGGAGAACAGGAGGGUGAGUCUCUACUGGGGGUCUUCUCUGCCCGUAUCAGCGCCACCAACAACAACCCCUCUGACGCCUCAGCUCUGUGUGUGUAUUCUCUGGAUGAGCUGGACCGACGCAUCGACGCCACCCGUGACCUGUGCUACACCCGGCAUGGGCAGGUGGAGGGAGGAGAGAGAGUAGCCUAUAUAGAAUACGAGGUCAAAUCAAGCUGUGCCAAUUUGCCCACGAAUACCCUGAAGGCUUAUCCCUGCGGCUCCGACCACACCCCGAGUCCGAUGGCGAGCCGGCUGCCGCUGGAGGCUGAGGCUGUGUGGGACAGCCCGGCCGCCCGUCUGACGGCGGUGGCGGUCAGUGUGAGAGACGGACACAGCAUUGCCUUUCUCGGAGACUCCAAAGGGAAACUUCACAAGGUGUUUCUGGGUGAAGAUGGUCAGGUGGAGCUGUAUAAAACCAUAACCGUCCAGCCCAACUCUCCCAUUAACAGCGACCUUCUGCUUGACCAGACAGGAGCACACGUCUACAUCAUGACUGACACUACUGUCGACAAGCACCCAGUGGCGGAGUGUGGGGACCACAUGGACUGUCAGUCUUGUCUGUCUUCCAGAGACCCCUACUGCGGCUGGUGUGUCCUCGAAGGACGGUGUGGUCAGCGUUGGGAGUGUCAGCGUGGCUCUCUGACGGGCCACUGGUUGUGGAGCUUUGACCAGACACAGCAGUGCCUCAGCAUCCAGGACCUCAACCUCUACAACAUCAGCAGAGGGGUGAAAACGGAUAUUAGAGUGUCUGUAGCAGGCCUCCCAAGUCUCGGUGAAGGAGAAGCCUACUCUUGUUUCUUCCAGGAUACAGAAAGUCCUGCGUUGCUAACCAGCACGGGGGUGAUCUGCCCCACCCCUGAUGCCAGCAGUCUGACCUCCAUUGGUCAGGGAGAUGACUCUGUGAUGGUGACCCUGUCGCUGCGCUUCCUUAAUGUGACAGUGGCUGAGACAGAGUUCACCUUCUACAACUGCAGCUUAGUCCAGCAGCUCUCUGGACGCAGGCCAUGUCAGGGCUGUGUGAGCAGCCGCUGGGGCUGCAACUGGUGCAUCCACCAACACGUCUGCACACACAAACACACCUGUGACCUGGGGGUCACCAUCUACAACCAAAACUUCAGACCACAGACACCCACCACCUCACUGCCCCCUUCACCCCCCACUGUCCUGACUGCCACCACAGUAGCCACAGCGCAGCCCCCAACCUCAGAGCCACCUGGCCCCACUAUACUAGCAGCUGCCCCCUCAUCCGCAACCACUACACUGUCACCCCCCACCUCCCGACAGCCUGUCACUACAUCCAGUCCAUCACCUACUACCCCGGCAAGGACUUCUCCUUCCACCAGCUCCUCUGUCCAGGCCACCUCCGCCCACCCGAAGGUGACCACCCCAGGUGGAUCCCUCUCCGAAGGGGAGACAGUGGCAGAGGUAGAGGAGGGAGGUGUUGACAUGACUGGAGGCUCUGAGAAAGAUAAGCUAGCCGGUGAUGAUCUGGUAACUGAGUCUGAAUUUGUGGAUAUCUCUGAUCGGACAAGGACCGUUCCAGGAUCCCCCAAGACUACGAUACCCAGCAGCACUAGCGGCGAGGCAUACACCGACGUCGGCGUUGUAGAGCCGUCAGGUGAAUCUGUGAGCUCCUCCUCAGGUGUCAGCUCAACCACGUCAGGCGAAGUGUCGCUGUUAACAGUGCUAGUGUCAGAUGGUAAGGCGACCGGUUCCCUAGCCAACUCUGAGGAGAGCGACCCUGUGGACUGGGUCAAGGAGUGGGGGAACGGAGGAGGGGAGAUGGAGGUGGAGAUGGAUACGCCGGGUCUUUUUGCCACGGGCCGAACCGCAGCGGGUGGCGGUGGAAAGUCUUUGAUAAAAACACAAUCUCCUGAGCCUAAUAUCAACCCCAACGCCGAUUCUGCAAAAAACUACCAGUCUGAUCCCCCGAUUGACACUGAAUUCAUGGAGUGUCCGUGUGUGGAGAAGGUUCAGGGCUUCUCGCUCCUCCCCGUCAACGUGGAGAGGAAGAUCACCCUGGUGGGACAGCACCUCCACCUAUUUCAGGAUAAGGAUUAUGACUACGAGUGUGUUUUGGAAAUCGAGAAUCAGCCUGUCGUGGUGGAGGCUUCCGUGGAGAUAGACGUCAUCCAGCCUACGAUCUUUUUUAUCACCUGCCAGCUGCACCAGUAUACCUAUUCUGCUGCGUUGGAGGAGUACCAAGCUACAAUUGAUGUGAGAAGAAAAGACAACUUCGUCAUCGACAGUGCUGAGGAGCUGCACGUGACUCUGUUCAACUGCUCGGUGGGGCGUUCGGACUGCAGCCGCUGCCGCACGGCUGAUCCAAAGUAUGGCUGUGUGUGGUGUGGCAGCACCGCCCGCUCCGACUGUGUCUACCAGGACUCCUGCACAGACGAGAUCAAACACACCUGCCCUGCACCCGUCAUCCACUUCAUUGACCCGGUAUCUGGACCGGUAGAGGGAGGCACCGUCGUGACCAUCUCAGGGUCUAACCUCGGCCAGAGGGCAGAGGACGUCCACAACUCUGUCACAGUGGCAGGGGUCCCCUGCAAUGUAAUCCACAGCAGAUACGAGGUCUCUUCAAGGAUAGUGUGUGAGACCACAAGCAGCGCAGGGGAGAGGAGCGGUCAGGCCUCCGUCAAAGUGAGGGGAGGAGGAGUCGGACUGUCAGCUCAGACUUUCAGCUUUCAGGACCCUGUCCUGAACAGCAUCUGGCCCCAGAGAGGGCCCAAGGCGGGUGGAUCAGUCCUCAGCAUAAAAGGCCACAGACUGAAGACGGGACACCCCGCUGAAGUCGCUGUUCUGAUCGGAGGAGUGCCAUGUCUCGUGUUAAACAUCCACGAAGAUCAGAUCAGCUGUGUGAGCGGAGGCAGCAACAGAACAGGAGAGCACGGCAUCAAUGUGCGGUUUGGUGGAGCGGAGCGCCAUCUACAGGGCGUGUUGUACCAUUACACCCCCAACCCCAACAUCACUACAGCAGGUCCAUCCAAAAGCUUCCUCCGGGGAGGUAGGAUCAUCCGGGUGUCUGGUCAGAACCUGGACGUGGUCCAGGAGCCGAAGAUCAGAGUGACUCUCAGCCCGCCUGACACGCUGCCUCCCAGGAGGAGGCGGGGUGCUCAGAGGAGGAGGGGCGGGGAAGACGGGAAUGGGAAUGGAGGGCAGGAUCCACAGAACAUGCUGAGGAGGUGGAGGAGGAUUGUGCCGGAGCGAGACUGUACUGAGGGCACACUCUGUCAUACCAAGCAGUACGAGUCUCGCUGUACAGUGAGCAGCUCCUCUUUGAUGCUGUGCCCCACCCCGGCAGUGGGCCCGGAGGCCAGGAGGGCCCGGGUCAAAGUUCACUUCCUGCUGGACAGCCUCCAUUUUGACUUCAGCGCCGUGGGCAGCGAGCCGUUCAGUUACGAGCCCAACCCGGUGCUCUACCCGCUGAAUCAGAACGACCCCAGCAAACCCUACCACCACAAGCCCGGCAGCAUCAUCUCCGUUGAGGGACAGAACCUGGACUUGGCCAUCCACAAGGAGGAGGUGGUGGCUCUGAUCGGCGAAGGUGUGUGUGAAGUAAAGACCCUGACCCACAACCACCUGUACUGCGAGCCCCCUGCCCAGCAGCCCUCCGUCACAGCCAGCAGGAAGCAGGAGGGUAUAGAGAGUCUGCCCGAGUUCACAGUGCAGAUGGGGAACCUGAACUUCUCCCUGGGCAGGGUGCAGUACGACAGCCAGGCCCAGUCCACCUUCCCCCUGGAGGCCCAGGUGGGCGUGGGGGUGGGAGCCUCCAUAGUGGCGCUCAUUGUACUGAUUAUAGUGCUCAUAUACAGGAGGAAGAGUAAGCAGGCUAUGAGGGACUAUAAGAAGGUCCAGAUCCAGCUAGAGAACCUCGAGACCAGCGUCAGAGACCGCUGUAAGAAGGAGUUCACAGACCUCAUGACAGAGAUGAUGGACAUGUCCAGUGACCUGGUGGGUUCAGGAAUUCCCUUCCUGGAUUACCGGGCGUACGCCGAGCGCAUUUUCUUCCCCGGCCACCAGGAGUCGCCACUGAGACGAGAUUUAGACGUGCCGGAGAGCCGCCGGCAGACGGUGGAGCAAGGGCUGGUUCAGCUGUCCAAUCUUCUCAACAGUAAACUCUUCCUCACCAAGUUCAUUCACACCCUGGAGGUCCAGCGGACCUUCUCCCCCAGAGACCGAGCUUACGUCGCCUCCCUCCUGACCGUAGCUCUGCACGGUAAACUGGAGUACUUUACGGACAUCCUGAAGACCUUGCUCAAUGAUCUGGUCGAACAAUAUGUGGCCAAGAAUCCCAAACUCAUGCUCAGGAGAACUGAAUCUGUGGUGGAAAAGCUUCUGACAAACUGGAUGUCCAUUUGUCUGUUCACCUUCCUGAGGGAAUCAGCAGGGGAGUCGUUCUACAUGCUGUUCAGAGCCAUAAAGCACCAGGUGGAUAAGGGACCUGUGGAUGCCGUGACAGGGAAGGCCAAGUACACGCUGAAUGACAACCGACUGCUACGAGAGGAUGUGGAGUACCGCACACUGACGCUGAAUGUUCUGAUGCCAGCAGUAGGGGGCAGCACUGGUGCCAGCAGCCAGACCAUGCCAGCCAAGGUGCUGGACUGUGACACCAUCACCCAAGUGAAGGAGAAACUCCUGGAACAAACCUGGAAAGGCACCUCCUUCUCACAGAGGCCCCACAUCGACUCUUUACACCUGGAAUGGCGUGCUGGCAUGGCAGGUCACCUGAUCCUGUCUGACGAGGAUCUGACGUCCGUUGUACAGGGUUCCUGGAAACGCCUCAAUACAUUACAACAUUACAAGGUCCCUGACGGAGCAACGGUUGCCCUUGUCCCGAGAAACACCAAGCUUCACCACCAUGACAGUCACGACUACAUGCCAGGAGAGAAGACCCCCAUGCUGGAUGAUGGCGAGGAGGGCGGGGUGAGGCUGUGGCAUCUGGUGAAAGCUAGUGAGGAGGCCGAGCUGCCCAAGCACAGGAGAGGCAGUCUGAGGGAGAAGGGAGGAGAAAGAGCCAAGGCCAUCCCCGAGAUCUACCUCACACGGCUGCUCUCUAUGAAGGGCACUCUGCAGAAGUUUGUGGAUGAUCUGUUCACGGCCAUCCUCAGCACCAGCCGUCCAGUCCCCCUGGCCGUCAAGUACUUCUUUGACAUGUUGGAUGAGCAGGCUCUGCAGCACAACAUCACCGACCCUGAGACCAUCCACAUCUGGAAGACCAACAGUUUACCACUGCGGUUCUGGAUCAACAUCCUGAAGAACCCCCAGUUCAUCUUUGACGUGCAGGCCUCUGACCAUGUGGAUGCUGUGCUGUCAGUGAUUGCCCAGACCUUCAUGGACUCGUGCACCAUUGCUGACCACAAACUGGGACGGGACUCUCCCAUCAACAAGUUGCUGUACGCCAGAGAUAUCCCACGCUACAAGCAGAUGGUGGAGAGGUACUAUGCAGACAUCCGUCAGACCAUCUCUGCCAGCGACCAGGAAAUGAACUCAGCUUUAGCAGAACUCUCCCGUAAUUAUGCCGGCGAGGUCAACUAUCUUGUGGCCCUACAUGAACUAUACAAGUACAUCAAUAAAUACUAUGAUCAGAUCAUCACAGCCCUGGAGGAGGAUCCCACGGCUCAGAAGAUGCAGCUGGGCUAUCGACUCCAACAGAUCGCAGCUGCUGUGGAGAACAAAGUCACAGACCUAUGA